UUCCCAGUCGGCUCGUCUCUUUGGUAGAAAGUAGAGUACUAGGUGCUGAAACAUCUACAUCUGGCUGCUUGUGUUGAUCGUAUUGUGUGAAACGUGGUUUAAAAAAAAAAAAAAAGAGUAUAAUGGACGGCAGAGGCUACGGCUCUGGUUAUUCCAGUUGGGGAGGUGGAGGAGGGUCAGGCAGCAGAGGUUCUGGAGAUUAUGACAUGUACGGGGAAGGUUAUAAGGAUUCGAUGUCUGGCCACGGGGGCUAUGGAGGAAGCAGCCAUAUGAAGCGUGGCCUUUCGGGUGGAUCUCUGCUCUCAUCCACAGGCACACAUGCAGAUGCAGUUAUUGCCAAGAUUAACCAGCGUCUGGACAUGCUGACUCAACUGGAAGGGGGGUUUAAGGGACCUCGGGGAGACAGGUUUGACCAGUACGAGUCAUUCGACUCGCGCUCCUCUGCUCUCUCCUCCCGAGAUCUCUACAGAUCUGGUGGCUAUGGUUUUGGGGAUGGCCGUGGGGACAGCAUGCUGAUGAAUCAGCGAGGAGGCUCGGGCUUCGGAGGGGGACUUGGGCUAGGGGGAGGAGGAAGCGGCUUUGACAGCCCCUCCUCUUCCUAUGGAGUCGCAAAAAUGCGACAGAAUAUGAGAGACUCCUUCGCCAAUGCCCAGGGAGGAGGUUCUGGAGCUGGAGGAUGGGCUGGAGGCCGACGUUCCCCUAGAAGGGGUGGAAGUACUGGGGGCCGAGGAGCUGGAGGAGGGUUUGGAAACCGCAGGUCUGACCCCACUCCAUUAGGUGGAGGUUUGAGGGGAAGUGGUGGCGGUGUCCAUUCCCAUCGCGGCCACUCUCCAGGAGGUGGUAGAGGCAAGCUCCCAUCCCUCCUGUCCAGCCGCAUGUACCCAGAGAGUGGGGGUUUCCAGGGUUCUACUCCAGGCCCUCACGACUUUCCUGGGAGGCAUUUUGGAGGGGGCCCAAGAGCUGGCCGCCAGCGAGGCCGCAAGAGACCCCUCAACAAACAGGUGAAACCGCAGCGUGAUGAUCUGAAAAAGAGAAAGCAGACUCUGACUGAAGCUGAUGAGCCAGAGUCAAAGAUAAACAGGACGGAGUGUGAAGGGUCAGAGGCACAAGAAGAAUCAGAGAAAAAUGGAGGCGAUGGCAAUCCAGAAAAUGAUGCUGAGGAUACAAAUACCACUGAAGAUGGAGAUAACACUCCGUCCAAACAGGAGAAGAAAAAGCCUCAGGGCAAACAGCCCCAGGCUCAGGAAAAGACGCCAAAGACGAGGAAAAGGAAGGGAUUCCUUGAAAGGGUGAUGUUUGCAUGUUCAGUGUGCAAGUUUCGUUCAUUCUACAAGGAGGAAAUGGAAAGUCAUCUUGAAAGUCGCUUCCACAAGGACCACUUUAAGUUCCUUUCCAGCCAGUUGUCCAAGCCCACUACGGACUUCUUACAGGAGUACUUAAAAAACAAAUUCAAGAAGACAGAAGAGAGGGUCGGCCAAUUAGAAAAUCACAGUGCUGCCAUCUGCCAGAUGUACAGAGAGCAGGAUCUUACAAGGGAGCUCGGCAUGGAGCACUUCAUGAGGAAGGUGGAAGCAGCUCACUGUGCAGCAUGUGACCUUUUCAUUCCAAUGCAGCCCCACCUGAUACAGAAGCACAUAAAGUCUCACGACCAUAACUACAACCGGAAGGGUAUGAUGGAGCAAUCCAAGCGGGGCAGUUUGUCUGUUGCUCGCAGCAUUCUUAAUCACAAACUUAUUGGCAAGAAGCUGGAAAGCUACCUCAAGGGGGAAAACCCAUUUGACGGUACCCACGACCAGGAUCUAGAUGACUCCAUGGCAAUGGAUGUGUCAGCGGUGGAGUCAACUGGUGAGGCGGCAGACAAUCAGGCGGAAACGGCACAAGUCAAAGAUGAGUCUGUGCCCGAGGGAGAAGCCGUCAAAGAAGUGGCCGAGGAGGAGGAAGAAGCAACAGCCACAGAAGCACAGGAGGGGGAGGCAAACAUGGAGGAGGAACAGGGGAAUCAGGAAGAUGAAGAAGGUUUUGAAGUUGGAGAAGAGGAAGAUGAAGAGGGAUAUGUUGUACACGAUGAACUUGGCGAAGAAGGAUUAUUGGUUGAUCAAGCAGAGGAGGAAGGUGCCGAUGUGGAGGAAGGUGCUGAUGUGGAGGAAGGCGCUGGUGUGGAGGAAGACAAAGCUCUUGAAUGAACUCUGGGAUCCUUUGAUUAACUCUUAACCUCUUGAUCUGAAUAUCUCCGGUUACUCUUCCAUAUCCAUUCAGUCCAAUUUAAUUUAAAAGGAAUAUUAAAAACUGUACAUACAUCUGCUAUAACAGAGUUCUGUUGUCGUUGAUAAGGAAUAGUUUCACAUUUUGAAUAUUAUUAGAGAUAAUUAAUCUCAAAAAGGAAGGAAAAAACAUUAACAAAAGUUGAUCUUGUCUUAUGCAUGUCUCUUUCAUUGUCACUAAACUUUUUGUGGGGAAUUUUGACCAUCAGGCAAGCAAUCUCACCCCUUUUUGGUCUCGAUUCUAAAAUGAUCAUCUGGCUGCACGAUCUCAUUCUUAUUCAAACACAAUUUUUAGAUUUUCUUUUUUACUAAAACUUAAGGGGAUUCUGUAUUUCUGAAAAUAUGGUAUUAGGCUACAUUUUGUUGUGCCUUUUUGUGAAAUGUUUUAGUUGUUUAGAAUUCGUUAAAUUAUAAGUUUUGUGAUAUAUUUAACCACCCUCAGCAUUUACACAAUGCUAGAACAUUUAGUUUAUUGUUAUUGUGAUGAGUGGUUGACUUAUGAUUGAAUCUGGAACAAAGUUGGCUUCUUUUUCUUUUUUCUUUUUAAAUCUUAUAGUUGAUACUGCCUGUAAAAAGUCUGAAAUAUUCUGAAUAUCGUUCAUGUCAUGUAACUACUGUUUCACCAAAAAAUAAA